UCCUACGGGAGGGGGCGCGGUCGGGGGCCCGGCCGCACUGGGCUGGGAAGGGAGACCCUCAGGGCGUUGGCGUGACUCCCAGGCCAGGACCCCAGCCUCGCCGGACAGUGGGGGAAACUGAGGCCCGAGUGGGCCCGGGGCGGGGCCAUGAAGGUGUUGCUGCUCACGGGGCUGGGGGCCCUGUUCUUUACCUACUACUGGGAUGACCACUUCGACCCAGCCAGCCUCCAAGGAGCCCGGGUGCUGCUGACCGGGGCCAGCGCAGGCGUCGGUGAGGAGUUGGCCUAUCACUACGCGCGUCUGGGCUCCCACCUGGUGCUCACUGCCCAUACUGAGGCCCUGCUGCAGAAGGUGGUGGGGAACUGCCGGAAACUGGGCGCCGCCAAGAUCUUCUACAUUGCCGCGGACAUGGCCUCCCCGCAGGCGCCCGGGCAGGUGGUGCAGUUUGCGCUGGACAAGCUGGGCGGGCUGGACUACCUCGUGCUGAACCACUUCGGCGGCGCCCCGGUCGGCACGCGGGCCCGCAGCGCCCAGGCAACGCGGUGGCUUCUGCAGGUGAACCUGCUGAGCUACGUGCAGCUGACUUCGCUGGCGCUGCCCAGCCUGACCGACAGCCAGGGCUCGCUGGUGGUGGUGUCCUCGUUGCUCGGCCGCGUGCCCUCCUCCUUCUCCGCCCCCUACUCGGCGGCCAAGUUCGCCCUGGACGGCUUCUUCGGCUCCCUGCGGCGGGAGCUGGGCGUGCAGGACGUGAACGUGGCCAUCACCGUGUGCGUCCUGGGCCUCCGGGACCGCGCCUCGGCCGCCGAGGGCGUCAGAUGGCUGCAACGGCCGGAGCUGGGCUGAUCCGAAGCCAGGAGCUUCUUCCGGAGCUCCCACGCGGGUACAGGUGGCCAAGGACUUGGACCAUUCUCCACUGCUUUCCCAGGCCACAGCAGAGAGCUGGAUCAGAAGUGGAGUAGCUGGGACUCGAACCGGCGCCCACGUGGGAUGCCAGCGCUGCAGGUGCAGGUCUCACCCGAUAACGCCACAGCGCCAGCCCCAACCCCAGGCUCGGUGCCACUGCUCCCCGUUCUGCAGGCCACGACAGAGCUUAGGGGACAUCGACGGCGGGAGCUGGGAUGCCGACACCGCUCCCUUUCUCCGGGAGGGCAGGUGUGGGCUGUGUCCGCACACCAGCUGUGACCGCGGUCGGUGAAUUGAAAGCCGACACUCCCUCUUCCAGGGCUCAUACGGAGAGAGAGCAGCCGUCAGCUGUUAGAGUGCUGGCUGCCAUGUGAGUGCCCAUCCCUGCACCGCCUAAAGCCACCAGGGGGCAGUACAACCCCCUUCCUCAGACGGCCCAAGAGUGAGCCCCCCAUAGGAGGAUGAAAAUCCUCCUGUUCGUGUUAGUUUUAUUUUGUGCCCAAACAGCUCGGCAUUGCUUCCAUCCUUAUCCGCCGAUGGACGCAUUGAGGUUCUGGGAGGCGAAGUCAGUGGCGCAGAGUCGGCCAACAAACGGCCGAUGUGGGAUUCGAACUGUUAACGCACCAGCAGGGGGCGGAGCCUCAGUGACAGC